AUGAGGAAUUAUCUUAAUUUCUUGGUGGAGGAGAUGGAGAACCCUGGCAGAAACCUACCUUUGGCUAUUGCGAUCGGCCUCGCACUAGUUACCGGCCUCUACAUGCUCACGAACAUCGCCUACUUGGCGGUCCUCAGUCCCUACGAAAUGCUGUCUACAGGGUCUGGCUCUUCCGCCAUCGCUGUGCUUGUCCUCGCCGUGGGUUACCAAUUCUACAGUAAUCUCUUCGCCUUGAUUGAGUUGGCUGGCUUUGCUUUUUCCUUUAUCGCGGCUUUGGCGGUGACUUCUCUCCUCUAUAUGCGGUAUAGGGAACCCAAUCUUAAGACAUCGUUCCAGUUGCCUAUCUUCUUUCCUAUUCUUUUCCUGGGAUGCGACCUCUUCAUUCUUGUGCUGACUAUCUACCAACAGCCCCGUGAGUCGCUCUCCAAUGUAGUUCUCAUGUUGGCGGCGGUUCCCAUCUACUGGUUGGGUGUUUCGUGGAAAAAGAAGCCCAGAGGUUUCCAAAAUUUCAUUUGGAAGGGCACUAUUUUUCUGCAAAAGGUGUUUGCCUGUGUGCCGGUGGAAGACGAAUCUCAAUUGGAUGGUCCUGUAUCUUCCGGAAAAGUGGAGAAACAAGUCGAAACGUUUUAG